GUUGAUCAUUGAUCGGCCUUGGGUGUGCUUCAAUAAUACUCGCCUCGUAUAACUUCUUAUUCUCCCCGCAGUUUGGGUACAAAGGCGCACUACCCCCCCUGACAUCCAACCUUCACCCCUCCAUUUAUAAUAAUUGGCAUCCGCACACGCACCUGCGUCCUUGAACUCCUCUUAACUUCUCCACACUCACCUCCAACCAACACACAACACAUCUCACUACACAACCAUGGAGUCAAUAUCCUACCUCAGCAUGGGCGAGCUCAACGCCGCGGCGCUCGACAACUUUGUCUACCAACCCGUCAGCCGGUCCAUGAUCACAUACCUCGCCGAGGCCGCCCACCAGGUCAUCCAGUGCGACCCGACAAUGAUGCCGCCACCGACAUCAGAUGCCGCCCGCACCCCGAGCCGAACCGAGCUUCCGCCGACGCCGCCGCGGUCACCGCCCCCACGAGCUGUCCGGAGCGACGAUGGCAGCUUGCCCUCGCUGGAGGAGUUCAUCACGCAGCUGGUCGUCUCGUCCAACGUCCAGGUCCCCACAUUGAUGUCCACUCUCGUCUACCUCAACCGCCUCAAGUCCCGGCUGCAACCCAUGGCCAAGGGUCUCCGCUGCACCACCCACCGCAUCCUGCUGGCAUCUCUGAUCCUGGCCGCCAAGUACCUGAACGACAGCAGCCCUAAGAACAAGCACUGGGCCAACUACAGCGUCAUUUCCAACGAGGUCUACAACUUUGGCUUCAGCAGGACCGAGGUGAACUUGAUGGAGAAGCAGCUUCUGUUCCUGCUCGAUUGGGACCUAAGGAUCACCGAGGAGGAUCUCUACCGCGAGCUCGACCACUUCUUGGCACCCAUCCGCCAGGACACCCAGGAGCGCCAUGUUCGCAAGCAGAGGCGAAAGGCCGAGGAGCGGGCGGCGCUUCGCAAGAGGGAGGAAGCCGAGGCGUGGAUCGCGAUCGCCAACAGCGGCAGCACUGCUGGUCUGGCAUACGCCACGCCCCCGUCGUCGCGGGGCAGCUCGCGGUCAAGGUACGCCGCGCGGCCACCGGCGGAAUCAGCCCGCGACGCCUCGCCGCCGGGGCUCAGCUACAGCUCGAGCCGCAGCAGCGCGUCCUCGUACGCCAGCUCGUCGUCGUCGUCGCUCGCCAACUCGAGGGCCACGACCCCGCUCUCGGACCCCGAGGACCCGCAGCCGUACGUGUACGGCACCGACGCCGUCUACGACUCCCCGGUCGAGGUGGUCCUGGAGCGCCCGCAGGUGCCCGGCAAGGACACGUACACGCGCAAGGGCGGCAAGAGCCUCCUGCCCUACGAGAUCAGCGCCGAGGAGCUCCGGGAGAUCCAGGAGGGCGGCAACAAGGUCAAGCGCAUGCGCGGCGUCUUCGGCCGCGUCUUUGGCGGCGGUCAAGGGGUCACAGUCCGAUGAGUACCAAAUGGCGGGCACGGGGGGCAACGAGUUACGACGAGUCACAUUCAUCAGGCGAUUGGAAUGAAGUGCUAUCGCAUGCAUAAAUCGGAGUUAUAUAUGGAUCUGCAUCAACGGAAAAUGGGGCAGGCUUUUCGGUCUCUUUCUUUCACUUUCUUUUUGUCUGGCUGGUUUUUGGUCUGAGCAGGAUUCCGAAUCGAG